AAAUGUAUACUGCAGAUUCUAGUCUGGAAAGAACUUGACUAUGGCAAAAUGACAGAAGUAGAAAAACAGAUGCUUGUCUCUGAAGUGAAUCUCCUAAGAGAAUUAAAGCAUCCACACAUUGUACGGUAUUAUGACAGAAUUAUUGACCGUUCAAAUACAACCAUUUACAUUGUGAUGGAGUUCUGUGAAGGAGGAGACCUUGGAGCAUUAAUUGCCAAACACAGGAAAGAUAAGUAAGUCUCGAAGAUAUUAGCUAUAUAGACUUUAGUGAUAUUAGCCACUCUAAAAUUCGAGUUAAAAUAAAGGUUAUGUAUGUAUGUAAGUCAUGUGCAAAUUAUAAAAAUUUGGGGGUUAAUGCAGUGUUCCAGAUAAGAGACAGGUCUCGGGUCAAUGACCCGACAAAGAAGGCUUCCUGAUCCGGCAGAUGACAUAUAUAAGUGUUAAGUUAAAUGUAAUGAAAAAAAUUAGCACAUGGUCUUGGUGACCUCUCAGAUGGUCUACAUGACUUCCCCCUUGAAAGAAUUAACUGGAAUGCUUUUAAUAAUGGUUAUGAUGAGAUCAUUUCUGGUAAUCAAUAAUAUCAGACACGAGGAUCGAAGAAUGUUUCAUUUUGAAUUGAAAAUAUAGUGGCUUUUGGGCAUAAGUUUAUCAUAUGGCAGUUAAGGUCACUCAUAGUCAGUAUGUGUCUCUCUUUCCCCUGACCCCCCCACGUCCAAUUCUUGCCAUUCAAUGCUACUGAAUAUAAAAAAAGUUUCCUUAUGUUGGAAGCUAUGAUCCUGGAUUUUCAACCAGAAAUCUUUAUAUUUGUUAGGAGAUACAUGGAUGAGGAAUUUAUUCUCAAGAUUAUGCACCAGCUGGUUAGUGCACUUCAGGAAUGUCACCGCAGAAAGGAUGGUGCCCAUGUUUUGCAUCGGGAUUUGAAGCCAGCUAAUGUCUUCUUGGACAGCAGUGAUAAUGUAAAAUUAGGAGAUUUUGGAUUAGCAAGAGUUCUUCAACAUGACACCAGCUUUGCUAAAACAUUUGUCGGGACUCCUUACUACAUGUCACCAGUGAGUAAUAUACAGUUAAACCUCUCAGUAAUGGGCACCCUGGGGGCAAAAGAAAGUUCCCGUUAUGGGGAGGUGUCGAGGGGGAGGGGAAUAUGACAUCUGUUUUUUUAGGGAGAGGGAGACUACAACAAUAAUAUUAUUUUGCCAAGCUCAUGCUUAACAGUGUAGUCUACAAUGGUGAUCCAAUCCUAAAUGAUGUACAUGUAUAUAGAUAAAAUAUGCAAGAAAUGUUAAAUAAUGUUUUGAAUCAAAAUUAUGUUAACAAGAGAGCAAUGCUUGCAAAACAUUCACUAUAAGUCUUGUAGAUACAUUAUAUGGAACACAAUCAAAAUAAUAAGCACCGGGGGUAUAACAUUUUGGAUGCAGAAACAUAAUGUUCCAAAAACAUACGUCGAUUACUAGAUCAGUUUAUACCACAUUCACGCUGCACAUGUUUUAUUUUCUUUUAAGUGAAAUAAAGCUGUUGUCCAAUCGUUGGCUAUGAGAACCCAUAUUAUUAAAUCAUUUUUUCAGUCUCUCAGCACUUAUGUCAUUAUUCUCUGUACUAAAGAAAUUUUGUUAGCAGUGAACAGAAAUUACUUGCUACAUUACCAAAUUAAAUAGGCAGGCACUUAAUCCAGACCAAAUUAUUGACUUCUUUUCUUACAAUGUCUCUGACAUGUAUUUUCAAUUUGUUUGCAGGAACAAGUAAAUAAGCAAAAUUACAAUGAAAAAUCAGACAUCUGGUCACUUGGAUGCUUGGUUUAUGAGCUUUGUUCAUUGUCACCACCCUUCACGGCGCUAAAUCAAAGGAGUCUUGAGGCCAAGAUCAGAACUGGAAAAUUUCGCCCAAUCCCUGAGCGUUAUUCACAGGAUCUAAGUGAUGUAGUGAACUCAAUGCUUAAAGUAAAUGUAAGAAGUAUAAGGAUAAUAAUGUCAGUGUUUGAUGUCUUUCUCUUUCAAAAAUUGUUUGAUUUAUAUGAUUAUUUAGUAUUAUUGCUCUGUAUGACCUUAAAUUUUUCUGGCACACAGGAGGAACGCAGACCAUCAAUAGAUAAACUUCUUGGUUGCUCGAUUUUUCAGAGGUUUCAAAAAGAUUCAGAUACAUCGUGAGUACCAAGUUUCCUUUGAUUCGGUCAAUUUACCGAGCAUUUAACUUUUUCCAUGCAACAAGAAGGGACUGCUAUAAGCGAUCUACAGUAUGUGCAAGAGUGCGUUCAAGCAGAACCUGGCAUUCCCUGUUGUCUUACUCCACCUUUGGGUGCCAAAGAAAUCUCGUCAGUGUUUGCAAAAGGCAUUAUUAAACAUUAUUAUAUGGCUAUAGUACACAUGCUCUGAUUGGCUGUUUUCUUGUAGUGACUUGGCAUUAUUUUGUUGUAAUGACCUGGCAUUACAAGCUUGGUGUCCAAGGCAUAUACAAUCUCUGUUUAAUGUUGAUAGUGGACACCCUUAUGAACAUCCAUGUUAUGAUCAAUUGACAGCUGUCAUAAAGGGUAUCCACCGACCAAUGUCACCUGAAUGUGAUGGUGGGCUCAAUAUUGUACACCUCAUUGAGGUGAUGUGUUUUCUUAAAGUUGUCUGCUGACCAGUUGGCUUUUAUUUUUUAAAAUUGAUCACAGACUUGGGUCCAUGAUAAAAAGGCCAUAUAAUAAAUAACUUAUUAACCUUGUCUGUCGGUCAUAAUGGGAAAUCUCAGACCUCGACCUUGAUGUAUUGACCUUGCUAUUGCUCGGUCAAUACAUCAAGGCCUCAGUCUGAGAUUUCUCUGUAAUGACCUCGCUCUUGGGUAAUAAGCAGUAUGUAUUAAUUAACUCACAUCAAGUGUUAUAUGUCUCUGUGAAUUUGCAUUUCAUUGACAAGUGGGAUGAGCCCCAAAACCUACAUGUAUUGUUAUCCAGAAUAUUUUCUUCAAUUCACCAGGGCACAAAAUUGUGUCGCAUAAACUGAAGAUUUGACUAUAACUGCUGUAUUGCUGGUUUCUUAUACAUGCAUUUGUUUGUUCCUUAAGAAAUGAUGGAAAGAAAAAAGAAGAAUUCCUCAGAAGAUGGGAAAGACAACUUACUGAGAAACAGAAAGAAUUGGACAGUAUGUAUACUUUAAUAGUACCAAAUGAAAUUAUUUCAAAUCAAUGUCAUUUAAGUGUUGUUUCUAUUGCAUCUACACAGUUGUAACUUCAGUUUCACAGCAGCUAGGUAUGCUGUACAUUUUAAAAAAUUAUUAAUUAGCACUAUUCAUGGAAUUCUUUACCCACAGGAAGAGAGAAAAUGCUUUUAGAGAAAGAGAGAGCUGUAAGUGAAAGAGAAGAUAAAGUUACAAGGUACUUUCUGCUAAAUUAUUUUUUUUUUUGAACCAAUGGCACAGUAAGCUCACAACAAUUAGCAAAUAAAAGAUCAUUGUGGGGUUUCAGGUGCCUCUACUGUGACCGGACCCCCUGACAGUAAACUCCUUCCAUAUUCCAGAGGAAAUAUCUUCAUCACGAACAAUUUCUUGAAAGUUAGACAGAUCUUUACCAGAUCCGUUCAGCUGUAACAGUUGCUGUUAUUUGCAGCCUCAUUUUGUUGAGGAUGAAAAAAUUGUUCCUUUAGUUGGAGGGACGUGUUAGGCUGAUCAUGGUUUCUGAAUUCAUUCAUGUUCGUCAGCCUGCAAUGAACCAUGAUCAGAUGAUCAGGGCUACAUGUACCACCUUACCCAAUUUAUGGAACAAUUUUGCAUCCCCAUAAAAAUGAUGCUACAAACAACAGCAAGCAUCACUGAUGAAGAAAUCGCACUAUUUGCUUAUUAAAUCUUUUUUAACGUCCUUGUUGCCAUAAUUGCUGUCAUCAGAUCUUAAGGUCCCUAUUGACUAUGUAUCUCAUCACUGAGGAAUUGUGUAAAUUCACCUUAAUUUAAUCACACUUUUAACUGUUCUUUUUUUUUUCAACCUAACAAAAAUAACCUUGGAUUUUCAUAUAAAAAUGGGCUGAAACUUGGCUAAUGAUGUAGUGCUCUGUUUUCAACUUGUAGGGCUGAAACAAACCAACGUCACCUUGGUUUACAGGAGGCUCAUCCUUUGCUUCCUAAGCGGCCCUAUUUGUAUGGGAACCUAGGAAUGGACAAAGAAAAUGAUUUGCUUGUCAAAAGAAAAUACGCAUUUGAACCUGAAAGUCGAGGAAAACUGUUUGAUGGUAUGACAAACAAUGGUUUUGCAGUUGGUCGACAUCUACCUGAACUAGGAUUUGGACAACAGAAUCUUCCUCAUGGAUAUAUUCGGCCAAGAAUAUUAUCUGACUUCCGAUAA